AUGGCAGCCCCGGCCGCGGCCCAGGCCCCCAGCGCGCCUCCCGCGGCCUGGGCCGAUUAUUUUCCACCUCAAGAAUAUUCCCGAAGCGACCGGCGCGCACUUUUGAUCCAUGAUCUUAUAACAUUUUUCGUGUCGGGGGGAGGCCACACUUUUGUGGAAGCGCUUCGGCCCCGUGGCGGUGGCGGGGAAUAUUCCUUGGAAAUCGACUUCGCAUCCCUAGAAUCCCAGUCGGGCCUUUUGGACUUGCCUGCGGCAAUCGAGGGUUCUCCCGUGGAGGCGCUGGGCUGCAUAGCCGUCGCGGCGUACGAGGCCGCUUUUAUUCACCGCAAGGGCCGUUUACUGGGACACAACCUGUCAACACCACCACCACCACCACCAGCAGGAGCAGGAGCAGCAGGAGGAAGGGCGAUGGGAGGGGAGGGGGUCAGUGGCAAGCUGGUGACUCUGCGGGGCACAGUGGUCCGGAUGACACCGGUCCGCCCCCUGGUCACCCGACUGGACUUCGUGUGCGCCAAGUGCGGCUCCACCACCGGAGUCAACUUCGCGGAUGGAGUGUACACGCUGCCCACCAAGUGCACGGGUGACGGUUGUCGCAGUCGCACCUUCACGCCCCUGCGCUCCUCCGCCCGGUGCGUCGACUGGCAGAAAAUACGACUGCAGCGCUGCAGUGUGCUGCGGGCGCUGCUCCACCACCAGGCGGUGAUGGCAGUCGGUGGUGGGAAGUUCGCGCCCACCGGUGCAGCCUCCGGAGGGGCAGGAGGCGGCCGAGGGGCAGGGGGGAGUGGGGGUGGCGGCCGCGGUGUUGGUGGAGGUGGCGGAGGGGGUGGGGGUGGCGGCAGCAGCAGCAGCCUGUUCCUGAUGUACUUGGAGGCCGUAUCCCUGAGCUGCCCCCGGCAACAACUGGGGGCCUCGGGAAUGCAGGCUCCCAGCUUGGGUGACAUGUCCUUGUCUGGUUGGGGUUCUGGUUUCGGAGGAGGAGUGGGUCCCGGCUGCCGUACAGGGGAUCCUGCCGCGCUGCCCAGCUUCAUUUCUAAGGACCUCGCCUUCGUUGUCAAAUUCUGUGAAUCGUACGGCGGCGAUCAACUUCGCCAGCUCGUCCAUGCGCUGUGCCCCUCCAUAUACGGCAACGAGCUCGUCAAGUGCGGCAUCGUACUCGCCAUGCUGGGAGGUGUACGGAAAAACACCGGGGGCGACGGCGGCGCUAUUAGGGGGGCAGCAGCCGCUGGCGGCGGUGAUAGCGGCGGCCGCACCGCCGGUGGUGGUGGUGGUGUUGGUCGUGUUCCCGUCCGCGGUGACAUCCACGUGCUGGUCGUGGGGGAUCCUGGGCUGGGCAAGAGCCAGCUGCUGAAGGCCGCCGCCGCCGCAGCCCCCCGCGGUAUUUACGUGUGCGGCAACACCUCCACCUCCGCCGGCCUGACAGUCAGUGUGGUGCGGGACGCGGUCACGGGGGAUGCGGCUCUGGAGGCGGGCGCGGUGGUACUCAGCGAUUGCGGAGCACUGCUGGAAGUCAUGGAGCAGCAGGAGGUCAGCAUUGCGAAGGCGGGUCUGGUGGCCAACCUGCCCGCCCGCGCCUCCAUGCUCGCCGCCGCCAACCCCGCGGGGGGGCACUACAGCCGGGCCAAGAGCCUCGCGGAGAACCUGCGCGGCAUCAGCCCCGCCAUGCUCAGCCGCUUCGACCUCAUAUUCGUGCUGCUGGACAGGCCGGACGAGAGACUGGACCAGGCCCUCAGCGAACAUGUCAUGGCGCUGCACUCGGGACUUGCAGACCGGGCGCAUGCGGCACGGCAGAGGCUUAUCGAGUACGGCACGACUGCAAGCGGGGCCAACCGUUUUUUAACCGCCAGCGGUACUUUCACCGCCAGCCAGGCGACCACCUCUUCCCAAGGGCUGGCGGGGGGUCGGCCGGGUGAAAGCGGAGUGGACUUGGGGGCCGGUUUCGGAGCCGGGGCCCGGCCGACACUGUCGCAGCGGCUCAAGCUCGCGAGUGCAGAUGAUAACGCGCAGUUGCCCGUACCGCUCCUGAAAAAGUUCGUGUCGUACGCUCGUACAUACUGUCACCCUCGGCUUUCAGAGGAGGCGAAGCAGGUCAUCCAGACAUUCUACCUACAGAUGCGAGCCCAGGCUGCUCCGGGGUCCAAGAACCCUGUAACGGCCCGCCAACUGGAGAGCCUUGUACGGCUAUCUGAAGCCCGAGCUCGGGCCGAACUUCGCGAGGUUGUGGAGAAGUCGGAUGCGGAGGAUGUCGUGGAGCUUGUACGGGAGGCGUUGUACGACAGGGGAUUGUUCAUGGCGCUGUGUAAUGUGAAAGCGGGUGGGCGGGCGGGCAGUCGCAGCGGCGAGACCUCCCGCUUCAUGGCGGCCCUUCACCGCCUUGCCGCGCGGGAGGGCCGCUGCGUGUUCUCCGUGGGCGAGCUCACCUCCCUGGCCAAUGAGAUAGCGCUGGCGGUGCGGGACGUGGGGACCUUUCUGGACCAGCUCAAUGAGGCGGGUCAACUGUUGAAGCGAGGUCCCGGACAAUACAAAGUGGAGGGAGUGGUGGCACCAGCAGCCGCAAUGUCAACACAGAACGGUGGCAGCGUGUGCGGGUAG